ACUUGUGUCUUGUCUUCAACUUGCCACUUCAGUUUAGUUUACCAACUUGAAAACGACACUCAUGUCUUGAAUCACUCAUCCCAAAGUGCUAAGUGAACUUUUAAUCCGUUUUUAAAAAUAGCCUCCAUUAUGGAAAACAGUGUUUUAUCGUUAUUUUAUUUUGCUAUAAUUGUGUCGCAGUUUACAUAUUUCAUAUCACCCUAUUCAAUUUCUGGCUAUCGAACAGUUGAUGAAACUCCAGAAAAUGAUAAUGAAAACUACAAAUCCUCCCCGAUGUUGUCCACGGAGUGUGAUCCUUGUCCCAUAGGAAUCGAGUGUGUGCCACAAAUCCAGUGUCCGGCUCAUGUGCUCAUGGAAAACCAUGAAAAACCCCAAGUAUGUGAUUUGUCGGGUGGGAAAUUUGGUUUCUGUUGUCUAACGGGACAAAAUCAUAGUAUUUCCAAGGACCAGACGCCACGUUUUGCCAGAUUUUCCGGACUGACCGAUGAUAUUCUGGAGAAAGCUCGUGCGAAGUUUGCCAAAAUAAUGCAGAGCACUGUCGGAGCAGCCGUGAAAAAAGGUCAUCCAGACUUUCUGCAUAAUAUCGUUUUUCAUUCGAAUCCCCAGGAGGAUAUCGAAGGCUUCCAUAUUUCAGCAUCGGCCAUGCAAGAAGUCAUAACGUCGCAGAUCUUCCGUGAAAUCGAACACAUUCCGGUUGAGGACUUUGAAACUAAUAGCAUCAAAGUGGAUUUUAAGACUUCACCAAUGGCCCAACAUUGCACAUCGCCAUUUGCUUGCAGUGAUAUCCAAGCCAAGUAUAGGUCUUUAAGUGGAACUUGUAAUAAUCCAAUUCCACACCGAUCUAUGUGGGGUGCUGCUGGACAGCCAAUGGAAAGGCUCCUGCCUCCGGCAUACGAAGAUGGUGUGUGGUUGCCUCGAGUGCACAGUGUCGAUGGAUCACCUUUGAUGGGAGCACGAGAAAUCUCACGGACCCUUUUGUUGGAUUCGAAUAGACCUCAUCCCAAGCACAAUCUCUUGGUUAUGCAGUUCGGCCAGUUUCUGGCGCAUGAUGUAACUCAGUCAUCUUCGAUUCGUUUGGAAAAUGGUGAAGCCAUUGAGUGCUGUGCUCAAGAUGGUUCGGGUCCUCUGCCACCGCAUCAGAGUCAUUUCGCUUGCAUGCCUAUCCCAGUGGAACCGAAUGAUGAAUUCUAUGGGCAUUUCAACCAGCGUUGCAUCAAUUUCGUGCGUCUAUCUUUGGCUCCGAACACAGAGUGCAGAAUGGGCUACGCAAAGCAGAGGAGCAAAGUGACCCAUUUCUUGGACGCUUCUCCGGUGUAUGGUUCGACUUCCCCAUCGGCUUCGAUUCUGCGGACAUUCCGUGGAGGAAAACUUCGCAUGUUCGAUGACUUUGGCAGGGACUUGCUUCCGUUAACAAACGAAAAGGAGUCGUGUGCCAGUAAUGAGAAUGGAAACGUUUGCUUUAAAUCAGGUGAUGGAAGAACAAACCAAAUCAUUUCUCUGAUAGCAAUACACAUUCUCUUUGCCAGAGAACACAACCGCCUUGCAGAAGCCUUGGCCCGGAUAAAUCCACACCUUAACGAUGAAACGCUUUACCAGGAAGCACGUCGUAUUGUGAUCGCCGAAAUUCAGCACAUCGUCUACAACGAGUACUUGCCCAUUGUGGUUGGACCCAAGCAGAUGCAACGCUUCCGCAUAGCCACCCAGCAUCAAGGUUAUGCGAACGACUACAGUACUGAGGUGAAUCCUGCGGUUACCAAUGAAUUCACAGGAGCAGCCUUCCGCUUUGGCCACUCCACCGUCGACGGGAAGUUCCAUGUGCACUCGAGCAAUGGUGUCGAUGAGGUCAUUGAUAUUCCCGAUGUUAUGUUCAAUCCCUCACGCAUGCGUAAGAGAUCCUUCUACGAUGCGAUCCUCAAUACAAUGCUGGACCAGCCUAUGCAAAAAGUCGACGGGUCCAUUACUCAUGGUCUGAGUAGGUUCCUAUUCCGUGGAGCCAAUCCGUUUGGCUUGGACUUGGCCGCCUUGAACAUUCAGCGAGGACGAGAUCAUGCCCUGAGAAGUUACAAUCAUUAUCUUCAUGCAAGCGGUCAGAGGAUCAUUCAUAGUUUCAGCCAGUUCUCACCCGAUGUGGCUAGGAAGCUUUCUCAGGUCUACCGUCAUCCUGACGAUAUUGAUCUAUGGGUCGGUGGUCUAUUGGAACCACACGUCCAUGAAGCCUUAGUUGGUCAAACAUUCAGCGACAUAAUUGCAGAUCAGUUUUCCCGAUUGAGACAUGGUGAUCGUUAUUUCUAUGAAUAUGGUCCGAAUAUAAAUCCUGGAGCCUUCACAGCGUCUCAACUAAAUGAAAUUCGAAAAUCAUCAUUUGCCCGAAUAAUAUGUGAUAAUUCCGAUCGUAUUGGAAUUUUCGAGGUUUCUCCAGCCGCUUUUGUAAGGCCAGAUUAUACUGGAAAUCAAAAAAUUCGUUGUGAUAAAGCUGCGAUUCCAAGUAUGGAUUUGAGGUUUUGGAGGAUUUAACUUUUUUAAAAAAGAAUUCAUAGUAAUGUGUUUUUUUUUUGUUGGUAUGUCUGUGUUAUU